AUGGUUCUUCACGACACAAAAUCCUACCUCUUCCUCCUCGGUUUCUUGAUCCUCAUCUGCCUUCCAAUGGCCGCUCUCUGCGGGAAGCGCGACAAAGUCAUCGCGGACAAAGAGCUAGAAGUCGAACGAAAUGGUCAACACUUGCCAUUGGAAGAGUGGUACAAACCACGGUAUAGUCCCUAUACCGGGAGCGCAAGGCCUUUCCGUCACAUUGAAGCCUAUGCGCGCACUGGAGAGACGAAUAUCUGUGACGCGCCCGAAGACCGGCGCGAACUCCGGGAUCGGAUGUCUAUGGAGGGCUAG